AUGGAAGACCCAGUAAGAGAACUCAGGGACGUCGUUCGAUCGAUCACUGAACCAUACGCAGCAAGUGUGAUGGCUCAAAAUAUUGAAAAAUACUUCACUGAAGAUGCGUAUAUUGAACAUCCAACGUUUAAUCAACCUAAAUCAGCACAUGGAAAAGAAAUGUUAAAAGGCUACUAUAAGUUUGUACGAGUUUUCACGAUCAAUAACAAAAUAGAUUUUCAUUCAGUCAUGUUUAAUGAAGAUAAAACACGUGCUGCCAUUGAUUUAACUGAAAAUGCUAAUCCAAGAUGGCUACCAUGGCCAACAUUUAGAAUCCACGUAAGAUUUUAUGUAUUUGUAAAGAUGAGAAAAGAUGAAGAUGGAAAAUAUAGAAUAUAUCAUCAAAUAGAUUGUUUUCCAAGUAAUAUAGGUGGGUUAUCAAUCUUACCUGGGUUUGAUUUGGCUAAUAAUUUCAUUAAGAUUAUCAUUGGUAUCUUUAUUGGAACUUUGGGACAAUUCUUACUUUAUAAAGACUUGAAUAAUUGUCUGGCAUCCACUGGUAGUUUGUUAUAUAUGUUGGUGAUGACAAAAUCUUUUGAACAAGAAGGUUCUGAGGAUUUUGCUACGGCUAUGCAAGAAUAUCCCUCUGAGUAUCACCAUCAGAUUGACUAUUCACAGCUAUUCACUCUUCAUGAGUGA